GUUAAUGUUCCAUUUCAAAUACUGUGCAUGAGGAGGAGCAACGUGGAUUUUACAGAACGGCAUCAUACAUGAGUGCUUAGUUUUUAAUCUUCGUUCAAUCCACUUGUGACAUUAAAAACAUCAAAUUAUACGCUGGGACUCUUCAGGAAAUGUAUGGAUCAUGUUUCUUCAAUAUCAUGUUACUUUCUGCAAAGCUUGAAGAAAAGCGUUUUUUGCUCCAUAACCGCUCAAGUUAUCUUAGCUUUUUUACGUAUUAGCGCUGAGCAAGAAGAACCUUCAUUGUAGUCCUUGGAAGAAUGGCCAGAUUAGACAAAAGAAACAGACGUGUUACGGCAUGCAAUAACAUCAAUGAAGGUUUUCAUGAACAAGAUGCUGGAUGUAGUCAAGAACGAUCACAUCAACAAGUUUUAUAUAAUGUGCAAAAUGGUACAAGCAUUUCCACGGAAAUGGAAAGAGAAGAAAGUCGAACACAGCAAGAUAGAGCCCGUAAUGACUACAGAUAUAAUCAAUCGAACUUUACAAGAUCAAAAAAUUGUAAUGUUUGCCUUAUAUUUAUGGCUGCGAUAGCAUUAUUGACACCAACAGUUCUAUCAUCCUAUAUAUUAUGGCAAAACCAUAAGGUUCUUAAAUCAUUAUGCACAAACAAUGAUAAAGUUCCAAGCACUGUCAAGACAAGCGACGACGAAAAAGGAAGGUUAGAACGCCUCUCAGGAGAAAUAAAGAAUCUUCGUUUACUAUAUGAGGAUCUAACAAACAUUGAAGGACAUACACGCAACGAUACAAAAGAAUAUACAAUAAAAAAGAAUUGUACAAAAUCUCGAAAUAAAGCAAAAGAUCGGCCAAGUAGGGGAAAAGCAUCAAACACACGGUUGUAUCUGAAGGUGAAGAAAGAGAUUAAAAAUUGCUUGAACAACAUAAAAGAUAUCAAUUUAAAGAUAAAUAAACUCAAAGUGUCUGCAAAAUGUGUAUUCCACACAAAAAACAGUAGCGACGUUCAACAAGAAAAUGGUGGCACGUAUGUACAGAUUGUGGACAUAAAGACAAAGAAUAACGCUUUCCAUUUUGUGGGAGUGACGUGCUGCAAGGAAAGUCUGAGAUGGAACACAAGUAAUGACAUCUUACAAGUCAAGAAGUCGACAAAUAAAAUUGUUUAUUCAUGUCACUGCACUUUGGGCAAUAGAUGUAACAUCUGUUUCUGGGAUUGCUUAACAAACCAAAUCACCAAGUGAAACGACAAGUUCGUCAUCACUACUGACGAAGCUUAUCGGUGUGAUAAACAGACGACCGGAAGUUUGUAACCGGAAGUUAGAAGAGAUCGUGUUCUUAUUAGUUAAAAAUAUGAAAUAUCAAACGAGAGAUUGAAAAGAAUCGUUGCACAUUCAUUCUGCAGAGAAAGAAGAAAAUACGUGAAUGUACUGAGAGAAAGUAAUAUUUUGUCACAUAGGAAGGUAGCAAAAUAAGAUUGUGGUUAAAAAUAAUAAAUAAUUGACACUGCAAAAAAGCCAACCAGUCCAGAUCUAGUAAGGGACUAAGGGUUCAGUGGAAUCAUUUGACAAAAGCAAAUGACGAGUUUUUCUGGUACGAAUAUUGUACUCGCAUUAUUUUGCCACGUAGACGAAGCAGGUCUUUGGAAGAUAAGCUGUUUAUCUCGCCCUGAAAACUGUGACUGUUACGUGGAUAAAAUAUUUAUUAUGGUAAAGAAAAGUUGUUUGUAUGUAAGACAUUUCAGUAAUCUACGCAUUAAUGACUUAUAAAUUAAAAGAUAUAUUGAUAAAUUAAAAGAUAUAUUGUAAUGUUGAAGUUAA